AUGCGUCCAACGCUUUUGAAGACCAAAGAGCGGCGACUGACCGGCUCUGGCUCGUGGGGCGAGCAUCUUCAUCUCCGUUCUCGGUGGCGGUGGGAGGGGGACGGCCUCGAUCUGCUUGGGCUGCUCAACGGGGCGUUGGGCAGGGGGCGCGUGGAUGGUUGUGAUGGAGGUCAAUUGGUCGGUGGAGGGGUGGUUGAGCUUGUGAAGAAGGGCUUCACCAUCGCCAACAAGUGCUGCGAGAACCGAAUCAGCUUCGAAGGACGGGACGGACGCGUUAUGCGCAGGAGCCGACAGCAAAGGCUUACAGUCUUCAGUGUGGACAUCUGCAGGGGCAGGUGUCUCAUUCUCAGUCUUGGCCUCGGUCUGGGGCUCGGCCUGAUCGUCGGAGUGGUGGUGCACGGCAGCAGCAGUAGCAGCAAUACCGGCAGCAAUGGCGGCGGUAGCGGCUCCAGCUCCAAGAAUCUCCUCGGUGGUCAAAUCAUUCUCCUUGACAGCUUCCUCGGCGGACUCGGCUCUUCCUGUGUCGCAACCUCCUCGGUAGCAGCGGGGUUUGGUGCCCAGGAGCUCGCAGGCCGAAGACCGGCAAGCAAGGCACCCCUCGGGCUCCGAUGCAUCAACCACAGACUCCUGUUCCUUGGCGACGGGAGCAUCGUUAGUAGUUACGGGCUCCUCGACAGCAACCUCCUCCACAACAGGGGCUUCCUCGACGGCAGGAGCCUCUUCAACAACAGGGGCCUCAACAACAUCCUCCUCGACAGCAGUCUCCUCAACGGGGGCCUCAACGACAGUCUCUUCAACAACGGGGGUUUCCUCGACAGCGGGAGUCUCCUCGACAACGGAAGUCUCCUCGGCAGGGGCCUCAACGACAGCUUCUUCAACAACGGGGGUUUCCUCGAUAGCGGGAGUUUCCUCGGCAGCGGGAGUUUCCUCGACGGCGGCGGUCUCCUCAACUACAGGGGUCUCCUCAACAGGGGCCUCAACGACAGCCUCUUCAACAACGGGAGUUUCCUCGAUAGCGGGAGUUUCCUCGACAGCGGGAGACUCCUCGACGGGGGCCUCGACAAUAGCCUCCUCGACGACGGGGGCCUCAAUGGUAGCCUCCUCGACGACGGGGGUCUCCUCAACGGGGGCCUCGACAACAGCCUCCUCGACGACGGGGGUCUCCUCAAUGGGGGCCUCGACAACAGCCUCUUCGGCGACAGGGGUCUCCUCAACAGCAGGGGCCUCAAUCUCAACCUCCUUCUCGGCAGUCGGCUCAGAAACAGCCUCUGUGGCGAUUUCAGCGGGGAUUGCGGCCUCGACGGGUGCCUCAGCAGGCUCUUCAGUGGCGAUGUCCUCGGCAGGCUCGACAACCUCCUUGUGCUCAACUUCAACAGCAGCCUCUUCAACCACAGGCUCAGAAACAGCCUCAGUAGGUUCAGCAAUAGGCUCCUCGGAAAUCUCCUUUGUAGGUUCAGAAAUUUCAGUAGCGACAGUGGCUUCAGCAACAGGCUCUUCAGCAACGGUCUCGGGCUCAGCGAUGGUCUCGGCGACGGGCUCCUCAACGGUAGCUUCAGCAACAGGCUCUUCAGCGGCGGUCUCGGAAAUAGGCUCCUCGACGGCGGCUUCAGCGAUAGGCUCUUCCGUAACAGCCUCGGGCUCAGCGAUAGUCUCGGCGACAGGCUCCUCGACCUGGGCAGGCUCUUCAGCAACAGCGUCGGGUUCGGCGGCGGUCUCGGCGGCGGGCUCCUCAACCUGAGCAGGCUCUUCAGUAGCAGUCUCGGGCUCAGCAAUUAUCUCGGCGACAGGCUCUUCGACAGCGGCUUCGGCGAUAGGCUCUUCAGCAACAGUCUCAGGCUCAGCAGCAGUCUCAAUGAUGGGCUCCUCGACCUGAGCAGGCUCUUCGGCGACAGUCUCGGGUUCGGCGACAGUCUCAGCGACGGGCUCGGCGACAGUCUCAGCGACGGGCUCGGCGACAGUCUCAGCGACGGGCUCGGCGACGGCCUCAGCGACGGGCUCCUCGACAGCGGCUUCGGGCUCAGCAGCAGUCUCAGCAACGGGCUCCUCAACGGCGGCUUCGGCGACAGGCUCUUCAGCAGCAGCCUCGGGCUCAGCAGCGGUCUCAGCGACGGGCUCGGCGACGGCCUCAGCGACGGGCUCCUCGAUAGCGGCUUCGGGCUCAGCAGCAGUCUCAGCAACGGGCUCCUCGACAGCGGCUUCGGGCUCAGCAGCAGUCUCAGCAACGGGCUCCUCAACAGCGGCUUCGGGCUCGGUAGCAGUCUCAGCAACGGGCUCCUCAACGGCGGCUUCGGGCUCGGUAGCAGUCUCAGCAACGGGCUCCUCAACGGCGGCUUCGGCGACAGGCUCUUCAGCAGCAGCCUCGGGCUCAGCAGCGGUCUCAGCGACGGGCUCCUCGACGGCGGCUUCGGCGAUGGGCUCUUCAGCAACAGCCUCAGGCUCGGCGAUGGUCUCAAUGACGGGCUCCUCAACAGUAGCUUCGACGACAGGCUCCUCGAUGGCAGCUUCAGUAGCAGAUUCCUCCACAACAGGUUCGACGGUAGGCUCGGGGGUGCUCUCAACAAUGGGCUCCUCCGCGACUUCCUCCUUCACCUCAGGAGCAGCCUCAACGGCCUCCGAUUCCUCAACAACAGGCUCAACAACAGAUUCCUCGGUUGCGAUCUCGGCGGCGGGCUCCUCCUUGGUGACCUCUGUGGCAGCAUCUUCCGAAACUGGGGCUUCCUCGGUGGCUUCGACUGCGGCUUCGGUGGAAGGCUCGGCAACCUCCACGACGGGCUCCUGGGCCGCCUCCUCGGUCACUGGCUCAGCGGGCUGCGAUUCCUCAACAGCGGGCUCAGCAACAGCCUCCUCAGUCACUGCCUCGGCGGCCUCGGUGGUAGGCUCAUCCUGAGCAACCUCUGCGACUGUCUCUUCGGCCUUGGGAGCUUCGAUUUCCUCGGCCUCGGGAGUCUCCUCAGAGGCCUCGACAACCGGGGCUUCGGGAGCAGCUUCGAUAGUCUCAGCGGCGGGCUCUUCAGCAGCCUCCUCGUCACUGGCUCUGGCGCAGACUCGACGGGCUUCGAUUCCUCAACGGGCUCAGCAAUUGUUUCCUCUACGCUGAUCUCUGCUGUGGGCUCGUCCUUGUUCACCUCCUCGGCAGUCUCUUCGACAACUGGGGCUUCCGCGGUAGCUUCGACGGGAGCUUCGGUGGUGGCUUCGACAGUCUCUUCGGCAGACUCCUUAGGGGCCUCCUCAGUUACUGGCUCUGGCGCAGACUCAGAUUCAACAGGCUUCGAUUCCUCGACGGGCUCGACGGCAGAUUCUUCUGUGGCGAUCUCUGCAGCGGGCUCGUCCUUGGUGAUCUCGGCGGGUGUCUCUUCGGCAUUAGGAGCUUCGGGCUCGGUGGAUUCGGUUGUAGUGGUCUCAGCGGGUGUCUCGACAGACUCUCCGUUUGUCGCGGGGGUGCUCUCAGCAACGGGCUCGGUCUCUUCUGUGGACGGUUCGGGGACAGACUCUGUCGGCUCUGAUUCCUCUGCAGCGGGAGCCUCGGUGGCAGCCUCCGCAGGGGUCUCUGUUCCGUUCUCAGUAGCCUCCUCCACAGUUUCAGUCUCAGGAGAAUCGUUGAUUUCCUCUCCGGCUGGUUCCGAGAUGGACUUGUUCUUCUUCUUAUUCUUCUUCUUGUUCUUCUUCUUCUUGGCCUUUUCUCCCGAGCCGGUAUCCGCUUCGGUGGAUUCGAUCACAUCGGCUGAUGAUUUCUCAUUCACCGAGACAAUGGGGUCUUUGAGGGUCUCAUCCGAGACUAAAAAUUGUGUUAGUGUCAUCUCCACCACGGCGGCGGUCGCCAUGUUUGUAGGUUCGUUAAAAUCGUAA